UGCACUAAGCAUUUUGUUUUCCUAGAUGCUUCACUGAGGCUGAUAUAUAUUUUGGUGUUUUGUCAAAGUAUCUUAGGAGUUCGUAAAAGUUCAGUUUGAACGUUCUGAAAGAAUAAGUUACUUUAUAAACUUCGAUAAAUAAUUGAUGACUUAAAAGCAAUUUCAUUACUUCUAUAAGCAAAUAUUUAACAAAUUUCAUCUCAUUCUUCUAAGCGAAAUCGUCUGUAAGAAAAAUGCCUCAAAACAAUUUUGACCAAUUUGGGUACUUUGACCCAGUGAUAUUAGAUGAAUUCGAAUCGGAUAGAGUGGAGCAUGUACCAUGUAACUAUACUGGAUGUGCUGAUUUUGUCAACUCUCCUCUCAUGCCAAUAACUAUUGUUGGUGCUAUUUUCGUGGUAAUCUACGUGAUCGUAUGUGUCAGAAGUUCCGGAGAUGACUCAUUUUCAGAAAAUAACAAUGAACGUCCACCUGCCACUACUCGAAGGCAGCAGAAUGUGGUGCUUACUGCGGUUGCGUCAGGGGCUAACGAAAUUCGUAGGCCGUCUAGUGCUAGCCCAGUUACGGCUGCCUCUAGUAGUAAUACGCUCACUCAACCUUCCAGUGCUAGCACAGCUGUUUGUUUAUCCUGUGCUAGCAGGACUCCGGUUACUAUCACACUUUCUCCUGAAGAUAACAUUGUGAGAUCACGUGUGAAAACCCCAAAGACAGAAGAGAACCCACCGUCAUAUGAAGAUGCAAUGUCUACACCUCCUUAUAAUGUUGCCAUAAAAAAAUAAAUUGUUCCUUGUCUAUUAAAAAACUUCUUAGAUUUUAAACUGCUUUUUUAUGUAAAUGUCAUUAAUUUUAAAUCAAUAAAUAAUUCCUUGCAAAUUGUAAAAAA